AUGCCUUCCGCAAUCAAUCCACUUCCAAUACUGCGCAAUGUCGCAUUCAGACCGCGACCGGUGGUUCUGAGACCCAGCAAUGCGGUCAUUGGUGUCAAGCGACCAGCACAUCGCACUUUCGCCGACAACAAGAACCUUCCCGAGGCCGAGCAGGGUGAGGUCGGACCAAACAUGCAGCAGGCAGAGCAUGUAAGCGAGGAGGCUGCGAAGAUGGCAAAGAUUAUGGGCGGCAAAGGCCCGGAUGUGGAAGGACAGGGCACGCCUGUGCAAGAUAUCCUCAGAGAAGAGAAGGAAACCCGCCAGAAUGCACCUGAGGUGUUGAAGAAGGAAACCAAGCAGGGCUCGACUACCAUACCAUCCACCUCCACCCAAACCAGACAAUACACAACUGCUGCGAGACGGCAAUUAGAGGUCACAGGCGCGCAGUCGCCAUCACAGCUCGAUCCAUCCAUGUAUCCUUCCGCGAAACAGCAAGCGCAGUUCUCUGCGAAUGUUCCCGAGGAGAAUCCAGGACACAAAUUUCCACUUCCAGAAAUGCCACUGCCUCGAGAGUUGCAAAAGGACUACAGGUACGAUCCAGUCGUCGCUCAAGUGACAAAUCUGCUCAUGAGACACGGCAAAAAGUCAGUAGCCCAACGUAACAUGGCCGCCGUCCUCAAAAUCCUGCGAACUACUCCUGCGCCGACAUAUAACCCGACGCGACCUUUACUGCCUGGCGCACCGCCUGCAUCACAUCUGCCACUCAAUCCUACAGCAUAUCUCACGCUUGCCGUAGACAGCGUAGCACCCCUGCUCAGAAUUCGAUCUCAGAGAGGCGCAGCAGGUGGUGGUGUCGCUUUGCAAAUUCCUGUACCUUUGGGUGUUCGGCAAAGAAGGCGUACAGCUUUCAUGUGGAUAUUGGAUGCAGCGGUGAAGAGGAAGAGUAAAGGGUCUGGGAAUGAUAUGUUUGCACAAAAGGUUGCAGAGGAGCUGAUCGCGGUUGUCGAGGGACGGUCGAGCGUAUGGGAGAAGCGGCUCGGCGUACACAAGCUUGGUACGACUGCAAGAUCAAACUUGAAUUACUCUACCAGACGCAGGAGAUAG